CUCGACACUGUCUCCUUCUAUUCCUCGAUUCAGAUGCCACAGUAACGGCGACUCCUUUGUGGAACAGCGUUCACUCCAUUUCACCAUUUCGGAUUUCGCUAGCAGCGACUUACAGACAGUUGAAAAUGAAACUCGCCGCUAUCGUUCGCGCCGGUAUUCUGGCCUCCGCGCUAGCAGCUACCCUUACACAAGGGUACACGUUCUCUGAGACCAGUGAAUUGACUGCGGACUCGGCUGUGGAGGAAAGCACCGGUCUGACGGUCAACGAGGAGGACCGCAUCUACGGUGGAUCCGAGGCGGAUGCAUCCAAAUACCCGUACAUUGUCAGCCUGCGCAAGGACGAAGCUGAUGACAGCACUUUCUGCGGUGGUACGCUUAUUGCUUCACAGUACGUUGUGACCGCUGCUCACUGCGUGAAGACGGAUGAAAACACGAUCUACGCUUCAAUCGGAUCGGCGUUCGGAUCGGGAUCAGGAGACGGAGAGCAAGUCAAGGUGAUCGAGGGAUACCGUCACCCCAUGUACAACAAGUCUGAGCACUUGUACGAUGUCGGAGUGCUCAAGCUUGAAAAAGAAGUGUCCACAGACCCUAUCGAUCUGUGUGCUGGUGACGGAUCAGACAACGAGGUCGGCAGUGUUGCUACCGUUCGAGGAUGGGGUCUCACUGAGAACGGAUCGCAGAGUCUCGUGCUGGAGGAGGUAAAUGUAAAGAUCAUCUCGAAUGCCGAAUGUAACAAGGAGUACAGCGACCGCAUCACAGAAGGUAUGCUGUGUGCGGGUGAAGGUGACGGCAAAGACACUUGCAACGGAGACUCGGGAGGUCCGUUGAUUGAGAACGAUGUGCUUAUUGGAAUCGUGAGCUGGGGAGGCAAGUGCGGAGCGAACGCGGGAGUGUACACUCGAGUCUCCUACAUGCUGGACUACAUCAACGACAUCGUGAAUGGUGGCACCGGCAGCGGCUUCACAGAGAGUGUUGCAGGAUCGACUAGCGAAGGCAAAUCCCCAUCUACUUCAACGGAUACGACGGAAGCUCCUUCCACUGAGACUCAGACUGUGUUGCCUGCUACCAAGGCACCUGCCACUGAAGCUCCGACUCCAGCGCCGACAACAGUAUCGCCUGCCACGGAAGCUCCGGCCACUGUGGCUCCUCAAACAGAAAGCCCGACGACCGAUUCGGAGGACCAGUACGCACCGUCGACCGACUCGGAGGAGCAAACCGAAUCGAGUUCCAACCCUGCACAGCAGAGCGAGCUCAACACGACCGAAGCGCCAACGUCCGUCUCGGGUGAUACCCAAAGCGGCAAGAAGGACUGCGACUCCCUGUUUUGAUCGAAGUGAGCUUUAUCCAGAGCAGAAAGUGAGGAAGGAGAUUUGUGUGGUUUGAUUUUUGCGGUCGUUAUAUACAUGUCAUCAUAGUUUCGGCCGAGUGAUUGUGGGUCAAGAGAUGUGGUGGGCAACUUUGCUCACCAAUAUUAAUAGUCAAAGCGUUUGCAUUGUUGUGUUGACUGC